UCAACUCCUGCCCCCACAACACCUUCCCCCACAACACCCACCCCAGCAGCGCCCUCAACAAGCCUUCUACGUGAACGCCCCGCUUCAACAAGCCAAUGGUAAUUCCCUCCACUCUGGCCCGGGAAAUCAUCCAGCGCCAACUUCUAGUGUUUACUCGUCUUGCUACGGCCAGCUUCCCCCACCACGCCCUCCACCUCUACCACCGCCGCUGCCGCCCCCUCAGUCCUUCCAGCAGCUACGGUAUGGUUGUUUACCCCAUCAGCACCUGGUUCCUCCUCCCCCACUACCCAUCCAGCAGCAACAACUCCACCACCAGCACUACCACCCACCACAGCAACUCUACGGGUGUCUCUCCCCCAGCUGCCACCACCCCCACUUCAUCGAGCUGCCGGGAUCAGGCUCCCCGGUGAAGGUAGAUCGUGGGUACUGUGGUAAGGGCCCCCCAGGACGAGGUUUAGGUCCUGCUAUCACCAAGUCUUACAGUGUUGAGAGCUCGGCGCCCCCCGUGCCUCCACACCACCUCCACCAAGCACACCAUCACCACCACCACCACAAUGGCAGUCACAGUGCCCGUCGUUCACAGUUGCAGCAAGCUGUGUCGCAGAGUAGCGGUGUUGGUGUGGGCAGUCGGCGGCAGCCACGGGGGUCUACAGCUGAUGACAGUGGCAACCGCAAUAGUCGCUGGCGAGGCAGUGGUGCCCCAGGCAAUGUCCAGGGAUAUGAACUGUCUCAAGACUUCGCUGAUAUGCGACUUGAGAUGCUGGAACGCAGGUAUGGAGGUGUGGUAGCCAGGCGUGCUGCCGUCACCAUCCAGCGAGCAUACCGUCGUUAUGCCAUGUAUAAGAAGUUCCGCUCCAUCACAGCCACAGCCAAGGCCCAGGAGAAGCGACUGUCCCGCAGGUUUACUGUGGAUGUUCCUGAAUGGACUGACCCUGCAGGUCAACAGUAUAAUGAUGCUGAACAUCUAAUUCGAUCUGAGUUUGACCAACUACAAAGAAAUCUUAAUGCAACAGUGUAUGGCGAAGGCAGGCGGCCAGCAAGGUCCUUGUCCAUGCGUGACACCCCACGCACAACAACCCCUAUCACAGCUACUUCCACCAUAAGACAACAGCAAGACCCAUAUGACCUACAUGAUACCCUUGCUUCAAUGAAUGACAGUUCACUUUAUUGUCAUGUGUCGGCCCAGUCUCCCCUUACCCCAACAUCCACCUUAACACCAGCUCCUACUCAUGUUAGGAAUGGUUCUGGAGAUUAUCAGGGGCAACAAAAUGACCGAGACUUGAAGUACAUCUCUUCAGAGGACAGUGGCCUUGGUAGUCAUGAUAGCUCAUCCUUGAAUCGCAUCACCGUGAGUGGACAAAGACGUAUCCGUGGCCCAGGAGGCAAGAAAAUUCCACCUGAAGUACCGCGUCGCACAUCUUCUAUUAAAUCCAGUGAGAGCAGUGGAAGUAAUGACAGUGUUACAACCCUAUCAACGGCGGCAAACCACAGACUGCAGUGCCCUCCCCCAUCCCUAACACCACCAUCUUCAACCCCUUCAUCACUUACAUCUGAGGGAGGUCACAGUGACAGAGGACCACUCACAAGGUCUGUGGACAAUGGGUCCCUGUCCAGCGUCCAGUCCUCUGGGUCAGACUCCUCGCUCUCGCAGUCUACCUCAGAUCGGGCCACGCCUCUGUCUACCCACGACCAAGUGGAUAAUUCAGACUAUCAUCCCACUUCCCCAAUAUGGAAACGCAAACAUCAACAGAUGAGCACAAGUGACGUCAUCUGCGACGAUAAGAGGUUGAGCCAGAUCAGCGAAAACUCAGAAGAUUCCCUGCAGUCCCAUUCCUCUGAGGGAAUGACCUAUUCCCAAACCAUCCCCUCACAGAUCCCACACUCGGCACGCUACGCCCAUGCCCACUACACCCACACUUCUCACUUGCCCAAGGUACCAGAAGUUGUAAGAAAGAGACAGUACCGGGUUGGUCUCAAUCUGUUUAACAAAAAGCCAGAACGAGGUGUGACAUAUCUUAUAGGUCGUGGAUUCCUUGAAAAUUCUCCACAAGCUGUGGCUAAAUUUCUUCUAACUCGGAAGGGUCUGAGUAAACAGAUGAUUGGAGAAUAUCUUGGGAACCUUCAGAACAACUUCAAUAUGGCUGUUCUUGAGUGUUUUGCACAUGACAUUGACCUGUCUGGUAUGCAAGUAGAUGUUGCUCUUAGGAAGUUCCAAACACAUUUCCGCAUGCCCGGGGAAGCGCAAAAGAUUGAGCGUCUUAUGCAAGUAUUUGCUCAACGUUACUGUCAGUGUAAUAGGGACAUCGUGGCUAAAUUAAGAGAUCCUGAAACUAUAUUUGUGUUGGCCUUUGCCAUCAUCAUGCUAAAUACAGAUCUUCACACUGCAUCUAUGAAACAAGAAAAAAGAAUGAAACUAGAAGAUUUUAUUAAGAACUUAAGAGGUAUUGAUGACAGUUAUGAUAUUGAACGUGAGAUGUUGGAGGGAAUGUAUCAGCGUAUUAAAGCGCAAGAGUUUCGACCAGGUCAUGAUCACGUUACUCAAGUUCUAAAGGUGCAACAGACUAUGGUAGGCAAAAAGCCCAAUUUGGCUCUACCUCAUCGUCGACUUGUAUGUUAUUGUCGAUUGUAUGAGAUUCCCGAUAUAACAAAGAAAGAGAGGGUUGGAGUUCACCAGCGAGAAGUCUUCCUUUUCAAUGACCUUCUGGUAGUAACCAAGAUUUUCUCCAAAAAGAAAAGUUCUGUAACAUAUACAUUUAGGCAGAGCUUCCCCCUUGCUGGUCUUGCUGUUUCCGUCAAGGAAGUGCCACAUUACCCUUACCUUAUGGAAAUUCAGCACCGUGUGGACAAUAAAGUACUGAUAAUUUUCAAUGCACGCAAUGAACAUGAUCGUACCAAAUUUUGUGAGGAUUUGAAGGAAAGUGUGUGUGAAAUGGAUGAGAUGGAAUCUCUUAGAAUUGAAGGGGAGCUGGAGAGACAGAAGGCAUCUUUAAGAGCAUCAAGACCCAGUUCUACGGCCGAGAACCGUGACUCUGGUGUAGCUGAUAUGGAAUUACUGACUGCCAAUGAAAAAAAUGGAACUCUUAAAGCUGAUUCUACCUUAAAGAGAUCAGCUCUUAGCAAUUCUCUGUUGGAUAUGCAUGAGGCUGAAGGUGUUGGGCAGACAUUGCGUCGGGGCAGUGUGGGCUCCCUCGAUUCUGGCAUGUCUGUCUCCUUCCAGUCCACUAGUGCCUCCAAUGAAACUUCUCCUGCAAGUGGGCCUCCUGGGGGUGUUCAUCAACUCCUCAUACCCAGCACCUCCCAUGGAGACCUCCAUCAACACCAUCUACAACGGCGUACAAUGACCUCCAAUUCUUCCUUCCUUGGUCAACUGUUUCGUCCACGCAGAGUCUCACGCACUGAGCUAAAUACGGCUGGAGUGGAGGUGUGACAGUAAUGUAAUCAACCUCAGUUUUCAUCUUCCACACAGGGAAUAGAUGAUCUUGGGCAAAGUCAGGUUGUAUCUAGCCAUAUUCUAGUCUUUCAAGUGUACACACAAGCAUUCCAAAUGGAUCAGAGUGAAGAUGAAGCUGCCCAGACCAUCUGUUCUGUAACUUGCCCUGCGUACCUCAUACCAUGUAUGUGUGCAAAGGCAUUGGUACUUAUGUAAGUAGUAGAAAAGGUAAAACCAAACAAAUUAUACAGUGCCAUUUAGUCAGAUGUAGUCACACAUAUAUAUCCUUGUGUAAAAUAUGAUGUAUAUAAGUCAUGUUGAAUUAAUAAUCUGUGUAAUAUAUACCUAAUCCCACAGUUAAUAAAUAUAACCCAGAAAUGAGACUUCCGUUGUCUCCAGGCAUUUUAGCAUAGCAUCUGCUAGUCUAAAGAUACAGUAUCAGGAUUUCAAGAGAUAUCCAGAAUAUAGUUAUAAUUUUAUUCAGUGUAAUGUGUGCACAACAGUUAAUACAAAUAGCAAGAUACAGUUUAGCUCAAUAUAAACUGUAUACUUCCCUGUGGAAUUGACCUCUAGUCAGCACACGGAUAAUUCUGUCAUAUAUCUGAUGCUUCUAGACAAGUGUUGAACUGGCUUAAUUUUGUGCAGUGUACCAGAUUACUGAUAUUACCAUAAAACAAACUCACUUAUAACUUUGUACAUAUGGGAUAUAUUGUUAUAAUUUUGUCAGCUUGACAAUUACAGGCUGUCUUUCUAUGACAAAUAAAGAUUAUGAUGCAAAAAUCA